AUGUCUUCAAGAUACAGGGUAGAAUAUCACUUAAAAAGCCACCGUAAGGAUGAAUUUAUAGACUGGGUAAAGGGACUAUUGGCCUCUCCCUUUGUUCUUCAUGCUGUCUCUCACGAAGGUGACUACAAUGAUGACUUGGCAACAACUCAGCGCGUGAGAUCUCAGUAUGCGGACAUCUUUAAAGAUAUUGAGGGAUUGAUUAAGGACAAGAUAGAAUUUGACUCCAGGAACGUUAACCAAGACGAAAUUGAAGACGGCGCAUCUUCCCAAUCACUGAAUGUGCUGGGGCAAUCGCGUUUGAACCUCUUGGUCCCAUCAAUCGGGACAUUUUUCACGGAACUUCCAUUGGAACAGGCUUUUCUAUGGGAAGAUUCUCAAAGGGCCAUUUCUGCACGCAGAAUGGUCGCACCAAGCUUUAACGACAUCAGGCAUAUAUUGAAUACUGCGCAGAUCUUUCACUUUAAAAAGCAAGAGAACUUGCAUAAUGGUAAAGUUUUGAAAUUGGUGACUUUUGAUGGAGAUGUUACGCUAUAUGAAGAUGGAGGCUCUCUUGUUGACACUAACCCAGUAAUUCCCUAUAUUCUCAAGUUGUUACGAUACGGUAUAAAUGUGGGCAUAGUCACGGCAGCUGGAUAUGAUGAAGCCGGAACGUAUGAGAAUAGGUUAAGGGGACUAAUUGUGGCAUUGCAUGAUUCGACUGAUAUACCAGUUUCACAAAAGGAAAAUUUGACAAUUAUGGGCGGUGAGUCUAGUUAUCUUUUCCGUUAUUAUGAGGAUUCGGAAGAACAUAAGUUCGGAUUUAGACAAAUUGACAAAGAGGAAUGGCUAUUACCUAGAAUGAAAGCUUGGUCUCUUGAGGAUGUGGAAAAGACUUUGGAUUUUGCUGAAAGAACUUUGAACAGAUUGAGAAAAAGAUUAAUUUUACCUUCAGAGAUUGCUAUUAUUCGUAAAGUAAGAGCCGUGGGCAUUGUACCUGGUGAAAGGUACGAUGAAGCCUCUAAAAGACGAGUCCCAGUUAAACUUGAUAGAGAACAGUUGGAAGAAGUGGUACUAACCCUUCAAAACACUUUAGAGUCUUUUGCGCCCUCAAGGAGAAUUCAAUUUAGCUGUUUUGAUGGCGGUAGUGAUGUUUGGUGUGAUAUUGGAGGAAAAGAUCUCGGUGUUCGCUCAUUGCAACAGUUCUAUAAUCCUGAAGCGCCAAUCAAGCCUUCUGAGACCUUGCAUGUUGGCGAUCAAUUUGCCCCAGUUGGGUCAGCGAAUGAUUUCAAGGCAAGGUUAGCUGGGUGUACUCUCUGGAUAGCUUCACCCCAAGAAACGGUGAACUAUCUUCACAGAUUAUUAGAAACUGAAUAA